AUGCCAGCGCCUUUGCUGCAGAUCCUGGCACUGCUGGUGCUUCGCGCCCAUGCCAAGGGUGGAUACGCUGGAAGCUACAGCUCGUACGGCUCUUCUGGUGGCUACAGUACUGGGGUAAUGUCCUCUCGCACCUCAUAUGCCAGUGCUGGUGCCUUUGGUGCAGUCGUGCUGCUUAGCGCUGGCAGCAGGAGGAGGUAUGGCACCUACAACGAUGGCGAGAGCGAUGGUGUGUGCAGCCUACUGACUGAAGAGGAGAUGAGUAGUGCUUGCCUGAACCUGAUGACGGACGCAACUCAGUGCCACGACUGCAUUGCCUGCGAGACGGAAGACUGCAUGUAUGCAAUCACAAAUUGCGACGAGUACCUGGCAACUGUCUACACGGAGUGCUGCAUAGAGGAGUGUGACGAUCCUGCGGCAGGAAUUAUCAUUGCAUCUCUUGUCGCGACAUGCUGUUGCUUCGCUUGCAUCGCUGGCCUCUUCUGCUGCAAGAUGAAGAGAAAGAGCGCAGGAGCCGCGGAGGUCCAGGGCCAGGUGAUCGGGGUAGGACCCGCCGUGAAUAUGAUGUGA